AUGUCUUUGGAAGGGAAAACUGCAUUGAUUACUGGUGGUACCAAGAACCUUGGAAAACUCACUGCUAUUGAACUUGCUUCGAAAAACAAGGCAAAUCUGUUUUUGCACUACAAUUCAGUGCAAGGAGAUGAAGAGAAACUAGCACAAGAGCUUUCAAGCAAGUACGGCGUAAAAGUCGAGCUUUAUCAGGGCAACUUAGGGUCGGCGGAAAACGUCGCCAAGCUAUUCGAAGCGGCGAAAGCUAAGUUCGGCUCAAUUGACGUUGCCAUCAAUAAUGUUGGCAAGGUUCUUAAGAAACCUAUUUCGGAAGUAACCGAGAAAGAAUUUGACGAAAUGGACCUCGUCAACAACAAAAUUGCAUUUUUUUUCAUUGCCCAAGCUGCCAAGCACGUCAGCCCCGGUGGCAGCAUUAUAUCGCUGGUUACUUCCUUGCUGGCCGCUUACACUCCACUUUACGCUGUUUACCAGGGAACUAAAAGCGCCGUCGAGUAUUAUUCAAAAAGUGCAUCCAAGGAGCUGAUUGGGAAGCGUAUUUCUGUUAACUGUGUUGCACCUGGUCCGAUGGAUACCCCAUUUUUCUAUUCUCAGGAAGAGCCUGAGGCCGUUGAGUUCUACAAGUCUGUUGUAUUUGAUCACAGGUUGACAAAGAUCGAAGAUAUAGUUCCAAUCAUUUUGUUUCUGGCAUCUGGUGGAACUUGGAUUACCGGCCAGACAUUGUACGCUUCCGGCGGUAUGGCUGCACGUUGA